AUGGGCUCCCAAUAUCCUGACGUGCCCGUUCUCCCACCUGAUGUUGCAUUCGGUCUGCUAGCUGAUUUCGGCGCAGACCAAAAUCCGAAAAAAGUGUCCUUAAUCGCUGGAGCCUAUCGGGAUGAAAAUGGACUACCAUGGAUAUUUCCCAGUGUGAAACAAGCAAAAGAGCGCAUUGCAGCUAACCCUACAUCGCAUCAUGAAUAUCUCGAUAUUGCAGGCUCUCCUGUAUUUCUGGACAUUGCUCAAUCGCUCGUUUUUGGCACUGAGCUAGCUGAGACUAAGAACAUUGCUAGCAUCCAGGCCGUGUCUGGUACUGGAGCAAACCACCUGUGCGCCUCAUUUCUCGCCAAGCACCUUAAACCCAAGCAUGUCUUUAUCCCAGAUCCUACAUGGGUAAACCAUAAGACAAUCUGGGCUGCAGCAGGCCCGGAGGUGGUCCAGGAAGAGUACCCAUAUUAUAACCAAAACGCGCGGUCAAUUAGAUUUGGCGAUAUGGUCUCGACAUUCGAGACAACCGCACAGCCGAACGACGUCGUCAUCCUCCAAGCAUGUGCCCACAACCCUACAGGGCUGGAUCUAACCCGUGACCAAUGGAAGCAGCUGGCAGACGUAGUUCUGAAAAAGAAGCUAUUCGUCCUGUUCGACAGUGCUUACCAAGGCUUUGCCACUGGAAACGUGGAAGAUGAUGCCUGGCCAGUGCGUUAUUUCACAGAGCAACUGCUAUCGAGCCAAGACCCUGAUCAGAGGAUCCCCGGACUAUGUGUUGCUCAGUCCUUCUCCAAGAAUUUUGGACUCUACGGCGAAAGGGUGGGAGCACUGCAUUUAGUUGCUUCGUCUGAUGUUUCCAUCCAGGGAGCCAAAUCUCAGUUGGCGCUUAUCGCGCGGGCAGAGUACUCCAAUCCACCUCGCUUUGGGGUUCAGAUUGUGGAGACUGUUUUGAAUGAUACAGCCCUCAAGAAACAAUGGCAGCAAGACUUGAACACUAUGAGCUCACGAAUAAUGAGAAUGCUUAAGCGAUUGCGCACGAAGCUGGAAGAGCUUGGUACCCCUGGUGAUUGGUCGCACAUUGAGGCCCAAAUCGGGAUGUUCAGCUAUACUGGGCUCAGUAAGGCGCAUGUCGAUAGGUUGAAGAAGGAAUAUCAUAUCUAUCUGAUGCCUUCAGGACGAGCUAGUCUGUGUGGGUUAAAUGAGGGCAACAUUGACUAUGUCGCGAAGUGUAUUUCUGAGGUUGUUAAGCAGGAUCAUUGA